AUGAACCCUCAGCCGGAGCUGGGCUGGGGGGGGGAGAGCAGGGCUGGCUAUGCAGGGACGUGGCCCGGGGAGCAGAGGCUCCAGCAUUUGCCGCAGAGGCCGUGCAACGUCCGCUGUGCCGGGGACGAUCCCUGCGUGCUGGGAAGGGAGCUCCCAAUUGCAGGCCCCCCCCCGCCGCAUCUCCCCUCCCCGCCCGGCCAGCCCCAUCCGUUCCCCGCUCCCUCUCGUUACCCCGCGGCUGGGCCCAGGCCCCUUUACAGCCCCAGCCAACCUCCCGGCGCCGCUUUCGCCUCCCCAGGUUAUAACUCAUCCUGCUGCAGCCCCUACCCACCCAGGUCUCAUGACCCCGACUUUCCUGGGGGGAGCCUGCCCCCCUCCUCCGCCGCCGCCUACCCAGCUUGCCUUGUUGGACCCCGCUCCGGGGGUCGGGGAGUGGAUCGGUACCACGCCUGUAGCCAGGACCCCCCCAGCUGUAACUCUCUGGUGGUGCCAGAAGAUAGAGGGGACCUCUCUCCGGAUGUUUACAAUGACACGAAAACUUUUGAGUGGAUGAGAGUCAAAAGGAACCUUCCCAGAACAGUGAAAUCAGGAGCCUGUGGCUUUGCUGGGGAGAAAAACGCAGUCUCUCCCAGGACAAACUUCAGCACCAAGCAGCUGACCGAACUGGAGAAAGAAUUCUACUUCAACAAGUACCUGACCCGGGCCAGGCGGGUUGAGAUCGCUUGUGCCUUGCAGCUCAAUGAAACCCAGGUGAAGAUCUGGUUCCAGAACCGCAGGAUGAAGCAGAAGAAGAGGGAGAGGGAGGGUUUCCCUGAAGGGUCAGCUGGCUGCAAUGGACCGGAGUCCUCCUCUGACAAAUCGGACAUCACCUCCCCAGCUACCUCUCCCAGCAGAAGUAACGAGGCUCCCACGCCUCCCAUCUGACUGAGGCUCUUGUUAGAACUUCUGUUCUGAUCUUGGGCAGAGAAACAGAAAAGAGACUUCCCCAUCAGAUCCAUUCACCCCCUGCAUUCAUCUUGCUGGGGGAGAGAGAAGGGUGCAAUGCUCCUGGCAAACUUUGCGAUGGACUUGGGGAUGAAAGCACACACCAAAACUAUGUGCAGAGACUUCCACACUCACCACCAUGACCACCACCAAUAGCACAGGUGCCAGCAUUGUGCUGUUAAAUUGGUGUCCUUCCAAUAGAUGCAGAUGCUAGAUUAAUGGAUGGCCAUACUUUAAAAAAAAAAGUCACUUUCCCUUCCCCAAAUUCCUAGAGCAGAGGUGAAUAGAGAAGGUCAAAUAUUUUUUUCAAAAACAUGAACUUUUUACAAACAAAUGCAGACAACAAAAAGUUUUCACACACUCUUGAUUCUUUGUGAGUAAAUUUGACAUUUUUUCCACUAAAAGUUUCAGCUACAUUUUUAUUCACAGUACAUUUCGACUUUUUCCACAAAAAGUUUCUACAACAUCUUUAGUCAUAAAAAGAUUGGAUUAAUUAUUUCACAAAAAUGCUCAUUCUUCAUGGAAGGUUUUGAUUAACUUUUUCUACUAGAAGUGUUGACAAAUUUUAUUUUGAUACAUUAUUUUCCCCCAAAAGUUUUGACAUAAGCUUUAUUCACAAUGAGUUUUGAUGUAAUUUUUUUCCCCACAAAAAUUCUUGACAAAAUUGUUUUGUGGGAACUUUCAAUGAAUUUUUUUUCAUGAAAAGUUUCACCAUUUGUUUUUUUUUUUUUUUUGUUUGGUUUUUUUUUUUUACCAAAUGGUUCAAUUACGUGUUUUCCACAACGUUCUGACAACAAUUUGGGGAAUAAUUUUCAUAUGUUAACUCUAAUUCCAAAUGUUCCUAUUUCACUGAGCCCUUUUAGAAGGAACUAGAGCCAUCAUCUCCUGGGAGUAAUUAUUUUAGAGAUAUGUAAUACAGUUACAUACCAUUUUGGUGAAAUUUCUAGAGAGAAUAAUGCUCUUCAGUAUUUUAAGUAUUUUUAAGACGAGGACAUUUUUGCUGAACUCAGCAUUCUGGUCACAGACAGCCAUUCUGGCCAAGGAUGGUUAUCACAGUUUCUUGAAUGCCAUCUCUAUUCUUGUGCCCACACAUCUAAAUGAUACCCUAGUGGGUGAGUUAACCCUCCCUCUGAUGUGAUACUAAAGGGGCAGAAAAAGCCUGGUCUCAAGCCUCUGAAGUCAAUGGAAAAAAUCUAGUGGUCUUUAAUGGACUUUGGAUCUAAUCCAUAUGAAACAAGUUAUAUGCAGUAUAAUCAGUGGGCCUACACAGAUAUUUGAUUAAGAAAAUAUAAUGUUUCCCCCAUCUUUUAAAUGUGCUUUCCUAGGCUAAAUGCACCUUCAGCACAAAUGUAUAGGAGAGGAAAUGUGAGUUCAAAAUCAGGCUUAGAAAUACAAGAGACAUGGUAAUUAUGCUAUAAAUAACCUCCUCAGUCAGUAAAAGCUUAGAAGUGUAUUAUUUAUUUUCACAUUUCUGAGGUUCUUCAUUAACAUUUAAAUCUUCUAACAGCUGGGAAGAAACACACUCUUCAUAUUAAAAGUGGAUUUAAUUUAUAGCAAAGAGUGAAAGCAACAAAGCAAAUGCAAAAAUCAGGGGUGUUGUCACAGAACUUUGGACAGGAUAGUGGUGAUGGGAUGGCGAGAUGGGAAUAGUUGCCUUUUAAACUUUAAUAAAGGAUUAAAUGGAGGCCAACAUUUUAUCAAGAACAAACAAUAAGAAGUGUUAUAAUAACCCUAGGUAACAUUAGAGCCACUUAUGCUGAGACAAAGUUUGCACACAAUGCCUCACUUUGGAGAAAUAAUUGGUUCAUUUUCAUCACCGUGUUCUAUUAUUAUUAAUUAUUAUUAUUAUUGAUGUUUUACUAUCAAAAUAUCUUUGAGAAAUGCCUUUUGUCCAUGGAGAAUACUGGUUUAUUUUCACUUGGAUCAUAUAUUACAAGAGGCUAACCCAAUGAAAGGACUUUAGGUGGCUGAAAAGUACAUUUGAUUUAAAAAUAUACACAGCAUUCUUCUUCAACAGCCGCUGGAUUUAUACCAAAUGUUCUGUUAACCAAACUUUCCCUCGGUCUUCCUUGCCACUCAUCACUGAAAGGAUUAAUGGGGUGGUGGUGGGGUUUUAACACCUCUAAAUAAUACACCCAUCAGUGGAAUUUCAGGCAGGACAGUCCCUAGAAACUGUUGCCUUUUUAAUCGGAUCUUUAAAUUUGCAGUUCACUCCAUUUUGCUGGCAAAAAAAAAAAAGAAAAAACACACAUGAAACAAUAGCUAAGGAACCAAAUAUGCUAAUUUGCCACCAACGCUAUUAUUUUGUCUUUCCCUGUUGCAAAAUUCUAAUCACACUUUGGAAAUGAGCUGUGAGUUGUUCACUAAAGUACUCAUGUUGAAUUAGGGUUGCUGCUGUGUUUUAAAUUAUUUUUCCUCUCAUUGCUAUGUAACUACAUUUUUAUCUUCUUGCCUGUUUAAAAAUUCUCCUAAUUUGUUAUUUUAAAUUACUCCAUGUGGAAAGAAAAGGUAAAUUCAGACAUUUUGGUGAAACCACAAAAUGUCUAGAAUCAACACAAGAAACAAAGAAAAAGUUUUAUUUAAAAUGUUUGGGGAUUGCAAGGUUCAGUUAUGACCCCAAUCUAAAACUGGCACAUAUUCCUUUAAACCAAAGAUGUAUAGUGAAUCCAGUUAAAUUCAUGAAACAUGAGUUUUCUUUUGACAGUGGAGAAUAUUCAAAAGGCACGUGAAAAUGAAGGGAGCUAUUGCAAAAUGACUACCUCUUAUUUGCCGGGACUAUCAGAAUGUAUGCAGUGUUGUUGUAGCAGUGACAGUUGCAGGGUAUUUGAGAGACAAGGUGGGUGAGGUAAUAUCUUUUUUUGGAUCAACCUCUGUUGGUGAGA